UUUAAUGCGUCAUGAAAACAAUCUAAGGAACCCAGGUAGGCAUCAGAUUGUGUCGUAUCUUCUAUGGAUUUUCCAGUUUAGUUGUAUUAUUGUGAAACACUUUCAAUGAAUUCAAAAAACAUACCCUCUUUAUUAUUUAAAAUGUUUUCCUCACUCGCUAAAAUAAAAUUCAGACCGUCAAUAAAUCUUUUAUAAUAUAAAUAGUCUAUACAAAUUUUCUACCUGUAGGUAUUACAAAAUGUAAAUUGAUAAACCGAACUUAAAAGUAUGUUCUUCGAAAACAACUAAUAACCUGUUGCAACUGAGCCUUCUUAAUACCUCUUGCACUUCAGAAAUAUGCAGAUUUUUCUACCUGAUGUAACUUUGAAACUGCGGAAAAAUUCUCCACGAUUUUCAGUAUAUUUUAGACAGUGGAAGAAUAACUUACUUUUAUUUGGCUUUCAUUUCGCAUUUUUUUUUAAUAUCUGAGUAAAAAUGCAUAUUUCAAAACUUUCUGCAUUCCCAAUUUUAUGUGUUGUAUUAAUUUUAAAUAUUAAUUUGUGCAAUGCAGCUACUUUGCCUGCUAAUGGAAACGAUACAAUGGAAACUACUGCAUUAGCUAAGACAUCUGCAAUUAUAGAUGUUUUCGAAGACAUUCGAUGGUUUUUCGGACGACUCGGUAUCUUUUGCGAAUUGGUAGAGCAAAUGUUGCCACCUGAGAAAAGGGAUGCAGAUCAAAACCAACUAAGUUUCAAUUUACAAACUGGCUUCAGGCACUUCCUUCUGGGAGUUCGUGAAAUAUCAAAGUCUAUUGUUGCAGUUUUAUCGAACAAAGAUGUUCAAGAAUAUCAACAACUUUCUCGAGCAACCGAUUACGCUCAGGAAGCUGUCAAGACUGUUGGGGAAUUUUUUCGAAAUCUACGUUUAUUAGUUGGAAAAGUAUUUGAAACUUACAAUUAUUACGUCCCAGAAGUUGUAUUAACGAAGUGCGUUGGAAGCUAUCUCCAUGAAACCUACGCUCACCGACCAAUGUACGAAUAUCCGAUUCUUAUGAUCAAUGAUAUUAUUGAAGCUUUCCAAACACCAAUUAAUCAACAAAUCGAAGGUAAUGGAAUUGCUGGAAGUGAUCGAAAAAUGGGAUCAGGAAGAGAAGUAGAUUUUACAAAGAACGUAGAACAAAAUGAAAUCUUGGAUGAUGAUUUGUAUGUUUUUCAUAAUACCCCAGUGAGCCCGACACCAGAACUUGCUAAUCGUUUCGAAAUUGCAAAUCCAGAAAACAAUUCAUCAAAAGUUGAAGAUGAAAAGGUAGGUGCAGUCGCACUACUCAAAGUGGCUAGCUGGAAGAAAUGCUUUAAGAUCUAUGCUACGGAGACAAUAUUUCGAAAACUUGAAUUUUACUUCUUGGAAAGAAAAGAAUAAAUGAAGAACAUUUUGUAAGGAACAACUCACUAAAGAAAUCAAUUUUCUAGGGAAACAUAAUUUUUGAAGCUUAAAAAACUAAAUUUAGAAUUAUUAGUUUAUACUUUGUGAGUUUUAACUGACAAUUCAGCUUAUUUUAAAUUUUUUGUAUACCUUUAUAGAACCGAUAAAAUA